AGGCCAGGCCGGCCUUGGGUGGUAGGCUGGCAGCCAUCCCACGGGAGGAGGCGUGAGCGGGGCGGGGCAGGAACGUCUUUCUCCCGGGCCGCGCCCUCGGCGGGCACAGAUACCUGCCUCACAGACCAUGGCUGCAGCGGCGUUGAGGCAGAUUUGGACCCGAAAAUUUCUCCCUGUCCCUUGGCUUCUGUGUGGUCGCAGAAGAUAUGACUCAUCCAGCUUCAAGGCUGCAGACCUGCAGCUGGAGAUGACACAGGAGCCUCAUAAGAAGCCUGACCCCAGCAAGCCCCUGCUGUUCGGGAAGACAUUCACCGACCACAUGCUGAUGGUGGAAUGGAGCAGGGAGAAGGGCUGGGGCCAGCCCCGAAUCCAGCCCUUCCAGAACCUCACACUGCACCCGGCCUGCUCUGCUCUCCACUAUUCCCUGCAGCUCUUUGAAGGCAUGAAGGCGUUCAAAGGCAGGGACCAGUGCGUGCGCCUCUUCCGACCUUGGCUAAACAUGGACCGGAUGCUGCGUUCGGCCCUGCGCCUCUGCCUGCCGAGUUUUGACAAGGUCGAGUUGCUCCAGUGCAUCCGCCGGCUGGUGGAAGUUGACAAGGACUGGGUUCCCGACAGCUCUGGCACCAGCCUCUAUGUGCGGCCUGUGUUAAUUGGGAACGAGCCCUCACUAGGUGUCGGCAACCCCACGCGAGCCCUCCUGUUCGUCAUUCUCUGUCCGGUGGGCGCAUACUUCCCUGGAGAUGCUUUGAGUCCUGUCUCUCUCCUGGCCGACCCAUCAUUCAUCCGGGCCUGGGUGGGUGGGGUCGGUGACUACAAGCUGGGGGGGAAUUACGGGCCCACCGUGUUUGUGCAGCAGGAGGCCCUAAAGAAGGGGUGUGAACAGGUCCUGUGGCUGUACGGGCCUGACCACCAGCUCACUGAGGUGGGCACCAUGAACAUCUUUAUCUUCUGGACCCACGAGGAUGGGGCGCUGGAACUGGUGACCCCCCCACUGGACGGUGUCAUCCUGCCUGGAGUAGUUCGACAGAGUCUGCUGGACCUGGCUCGGACCUGGGGUGAGUUCCGGGUGGCAGAGCGUAAGAUCACCAUGAAGGAGUUCCUGCAGGCGCUGGAGGACGGCCGGGUUCGAGAAGUCUUCGGUUCAGGGACCGCUUGCCAGGUCUGCCCUGUGCACCGAAUCCUGUACCAAGGCAAGCACCUCCACAUUCCCACCAUGGAAAAUGGGCCUGAGCUUAUCCUUCGCUUCCACAAGGAGCUGAAGGCGAUCCAGUAUGGAACAAAAGCCCACGAGUGGAUGCUACCUGUGUGAUGCUGCGGGCUGUGCCGGACCACUCCACGGAUCCACCGACCUGUAGCAUCCAGUCCCUGUUGGACCUAAGCCUCCAUACCAGUGAUUCACCUGAAGUGCAAUAUGAAAUAAAAGACGGCGGGCCGGGACGCCAGGGUUUCCGGUGCACCCACGUUACACUCCCAAAGCCAUAAGGGCCCGACCCAAGUGUCUUGGCCCCUAGCCCCGCCACUCAGGCCUUGGGGACCUGGACUCCCCGCUGCUCUGUGUUGUGGGGUCAAGGAUACACCUUGACUCAGACUCUGCAUCUCUAUUUUCAGGCCGGAUCAACCGGUGCUGCUGUUGAUUUUUUUCCUAGCUGCAAUUUUGAAAUAAAAUGCCAAAGAACAA